UUAUCAAAAGUAUAGAUAAUACUUAUUUAACUUGUUACUCUCUUAUCUCCAGUAUUAAAAUAAAGAAGGAAAAGAGACAUAAAUAUGGUGCAAAAGAGACUAUCCAAUGAUUUAAAUGUAUAUAUGCGCUAACCCUAGAACCACGUGGCGAAUUACCAUUCCUCCUCCUUUACCAUUUCGGCUCAACGGAAAAAGACACGGAAACACUAUAGAGAGAGAGAGAGAGAGAGAGAGAGAAAGGAAGAGGUAGAGUGUUUGAGAAGAGGGAGAGAAAGAUGAUGAAUCAAGAUGAGUGGUUGGGAACGCUAAGAUACGCCGGUAAGGCGCAGGAUAAGGUUUCCCUUGACACUCUCAUGCUCCGUUACCGUCCGAUCGCUCCAAAACCGACGACUGGUCAGCCAUGCGAUGCAGGAGACAACAACAAGAACUCUUACAAUCUGAGCAAACGAACCAAACGAAAGUACGUUAGGGUCUCUAAGAAUAACAGCACCACGUGUCGAGGAAAGACCAGAUCUGACUUGUCUGAUGAUCGGGAACCAACUGGAGUAGUGACACUUCAACUCAUGCCGGAAAAAUCCGAUCUUACAAGCGACUGCACGCCGUCAGAUCCGAUGGUGAAAAUGAUAACCGGAGAGGAAACACGAGAAAUCAACACGUGGACCAUGUUUAACGGCGGCGUCACGGCGGAGGUGGAGACGCGGGUGACGGUGGAGUCCGUUACCGGCGUAUGUGACGGUAGUUCGAGUUUCCAUGGGGUGAAGUGUACGGACGUUGAGAUGGUGGAUAACCUAAGUAAGGACACGUGUCCAGCGUUCGUAUCGGAUGCCUCAAACCGGGUGGUCUGGGUCAACGAGGCUUACCGGAGAAACGUUUCCGGUGAAGAUCCGUCAUCGUUGUCGUCGUUGCCGGAUGUCAUGGUGUGGUUGGUGAUGGAGGAGUCGACGAUGGCGAUGUAUUGUAACUACAGAGCUUUCACGUGUAGGGUGAGGAUGCAGUACACGUGGCAGGAGGCAAACUACACCAAAACGGUGCCGUGCGACGUGUGGAAAAUGGAGUUUGGUGGCUUUGCAUGGAGGCUAGACACAACAGCUGCUCUAACUCUCUGGCUUUGAUGUUGAGUGCUACUUGAAGCAGGAUGGGUAAGAACUAUAACGGUGAGCUAUGUGAUCGAAAAGUGUGACUAAUCACAAGCUUUUAAUCACUUUAGCAACUUUCUUUUGGCAUAUAUAGAUUAUAGAGAAGCUUGAAGAAAGAAAAAGUAAUAUGAUAAUGUUGAGAAAGUAUGAAGAAGCUAAGAAUGCUUAAAUAUAUAGAACAUGCACUAAUAAUGUCAAAUGUUUAUUGGCAAAGACUAAAUAAAAAGAUACCAUUGUAUGGUUUCCUACU